AUGGGGUGCCACGCUUCACGCACUCUCUGCAAGAAUGCCGACGAUACUGCGGCUGCAACAGGCGCCGCCACUCAGCUGUCCACGUACGCCGGCGCACCGUUGGAUGCAGUGGUCGCCUACGAGCGUGCGGCGCUGCGCCUGUCGCACGAUCCCAGCCGACUCAGACGCAGCGCGGAAGUCACUACAGAGAUAGCACUGGUACGCAACACUGCUUCGCCGACGGGUGGGAGCGGUUCGGCAACUGCGUCGCAGCCGCCACGAAGUCCUCUGCUUGGGGUUUGCAUCGACGUGCAAAAAGCGUUGCGACGGCAGCAUGAACAAAAGCAACACCACCAUCACACCGACGAGGGCAAAGAGGUGGUGGCGGUGGAUACUGCUUACCAGGAUGGAGUGCCGGUGCUGCUGCAGGAGCUUGCGUGGGAAUGGUUCAGCGGUGCAGCAGGAGAGCGUCAGGGUAGAGCCACUAAUGCUGGCAGACCGCCUGUGCUGAGUGCAGAGCAGAUGGAAGCGUGGAAAACCCGCACCGCACAGCUCCUACACGCCUAUGUAAGCUCGCGGCGAUACAAGAAGGCGCUGCGGCGCGCGAGGAAGGCGGCAGCGACGGGCGCGAGAGUCCGCCACCCGGCAGUAGCGUCAGCAGUAGGACGGGAUGGCGAGGUCAGGAGCGGCAGUGAGCACGGUGCGCCUGAGCCACGUGUGUUUCGCACCUUGUUCAAGUCAUAUGCCGAACUGGGCCGCACGCUGACUAGAUCGCGCAGCGCUGCCGCCGGUUCUGCGGCCAAUUUCAAAAACGCCGUGACACCGUCAAUGUGGUGCGCGGUGCUCUGUUGGCUUGUGCGUGCGCUUCCCGAGCCUCUGAUACCAUCCUUGUGCAGUCGUCGCCUCGAGCCCUUCGCUGGCGCCCCUCCAAGCAGGUCUGUUGCCGCCACCGCCCCUACGUCAGCCACACACGCGACAUACACGGCAGUGCGCCGAGUGGUUUCGGAGUCGUUCAUAUCAACCAACGUGGUUGCAUACACCACGUUUUGCUAUGUCCUCGACCUCGUCCAUGCACACCGCACCGAAUUGACCGGGGACGAGGUGGAGGCUGUGGCGAGGGCGAUCGUGCGGGAGCCGAGCCUUGCCCAGACGACACGCGAGGUUGCCCACGCUUGUGACCCUGAAGCGCGCAUGUUUUGGCCUCCGCGAACGUCAGUGGCUGCAUCAUCAUUGGCUGCUUCUGCUGCCAUGGCACGUGCGAAAGAAGCCGGAGGGGAUGACAGACACAGCGGCAACAGCAUGCAAGACAGGAGUGGAUCGAAGAGAGUCGCUGCUGCUGGGGGUGGAGAAACCGGUACACACAGUCGACUCGCGGCAGAAAAGCCAGCUGUAUGCGCCGCCGUAGAAGUUGUUGUCAAGGCGCCAACCCCAUCGACGACCCCAGUCGCUGCAGGUGGUGGGAUGCGGCGCCCGCCCACGUCGUCUUCCAGCGCCAGUGACAGCGAGAAAGACGACAGCGAGAGUGAGCGCCACCCUCCCGCCGUGGCGACUCGCGCCAUCCCAGCUGCCGCUCAACCAACGGAGGACAUGCACCGCGCUUCACCUGUCCCACGCCAGGGCCUUUCGAAGACUGUAGCUGCGGCAGUGUCCCAUUCGCAACCAGAUCGAAGGGAGCGCCACAUGGCCUCCAGCGAGGCGCCUUUCUUGAAGGUGACUCCCUCCGCCGGCGAGAGCAGCAGCUCCGCGGCGUCUGAGCACCGUCGACACGUCGCUCAGCGUAGCGCCAAGCAACCAAUGUCUCUGUCAGAGGACGAGGACGUGCAGCGCCCCAGCGUGCCGGCGAGCCGCCGAGAUCUCACUGCUAUCUCCAUGAGCAGGCUCAACUCCGCCCUGUACCCAUCUGCGCUCGAAGACCCGGCGGCGGUGGAGGCGGAGGCCGAGGAUCUGCGAUGUGCCUUGCAGCGGUUCAGCGAGUCUUCGCUGUCCGCGGAAGCCAGCAUCCGCAACGACGACGACGGCGACGGCAUUCAUUCACGCUCCCCAAGCGGGGAGAGCGGCUCUUCACAAAGUACCUCCACCGACAAGGUCAGUGCGUCCUUCGCGCCGGUGCCGCCGCGACCACCGCGGCUAUCGUCCCCACAUCACAUCACGCCAACCUCCACCUCUUCCCAACGAGAUGAGCGUCACCUAUUUCGGAAAUGCGGCGGUGCCGCAACGCCCACACCUGCGGCAGCCCUGCUGCCUCCCCCCUUGGCACAGAGGUCCGUUCCACCGCUGCCGGCAACGGCCUUCCGUGCGCAGGCGGAACAGCCGCUUCUUACAGCCCUCAUGGUCGCCAAGCAGCGUUUCCUGGCGGCACUAAAAAUGACUCCUGGAAGAGAGACCACCGCCGCACUUUCGCCGCCGCAAACCGCACAGGGUGUUGGCCGGACCGCCGCACGCGAUAAGGACUGCUCAGACAGCUUCGCUGAUCGUCGCCUUGAACACGUAAUGGCUUGCGCCCGCCAGAUGGGCUGGUCAUCACCCGAGAGCCUCAUCAAGUCGCUCAAGGCGGCGCAGUGGCACUCGCACGCCAAGACGCCGGCGAUUACCGAUCCAGAAGCAGCGGCGCUGCCGUCGCCACACGUGUCUGCGUUAAAGCCGGAUGUACUAAGCUCUUCGAGUGAUCGCCAUGCUCUACCACGCCUGCCGCAGCCGCGCGCAGAGGCACCACAUCAGGCACGAAAGGGCGCGGCCGUGUCCAGAGCAACACUCGCUGGAGGAGGAGUUAGCGCUCGAGACGGCCCAGUGAGCCAGCCGCACCACACGCCUCACCAGAGGGCUGACGCAUGCCAUGCCUCUCCCUCCUCUCGAACGGUGUCCGCCAACUCAGCGAUGCGUGUCGAGGCGACGCGCGUGCUCUGCAGCGGUGGUGCCGCGCACGUGGGCCUUCCGAGUGGGUCGCUGCUCUCGCCACCAGCGACUGAGAGCAGCCGCAUGGCUGGCACUGGGCAUGCGCACCUUCCUGCACCUCUGCACGGUCAUGACGGUCUCGUGAGUUCCGGCCUCACUGAACCCCUCGCCAUUCCGUCGAUGCCCACCAGUGCCACCGCCGGCGCGACGGCUGUACAGCCUUUGAUCGAGUUGGAACAGGAGCUAACGAAGCUGCGCCAUCUGGUACGCACGCUCGAGUCGAAGCAGUUUGCUCAAGCUCACCAGGCGUCCACACAAGCGUCCGAGCUACAGGCGCAAUAUGCGGAGCUGCGGUAUCAGCAGCUCGAGCAGGCGAAGCAGCUGCGUCUCGCUCGUGGACGACUGAUAUCCGUUGGGAGUGAGCUGGAGGGCCUGCGCGAUGUGAAGACGCACCUGCAAGUGCAGCUGACGACGUCCCAACACGAGACCGCACGUCUGCGAGACGCGCUGCUGGUGGGUGAAACAGGCGCACGUGGUGUGCGGUAG